UUCUAAUGGGCUGACGCAAGUUGCUUAUUGGCCGAAUACUCUCAGACGCAAUAACCCAAGAAAGAAAGUCACAAAACAACACACUUUUCCCGAGACCACCGAUAAAAAGCAUCAUAACUCGAAUGGGAGGACCUACAGAACGCACAAAGUUCAUGCAAACCGACUUGCAAUAACGCCAACGAGAAGAAGCUGACAUUUCAACCACGGUUUUCUGCAGACAUGUUUGAUUUAAAGGAAGGCUGGAAUCUCUCUUUCGCCGGAUGUGGAUUUUUAGGGAUCUAUCACAUCGGUGUCGCGAGCUGUCUUCUCGAGCAAGCGCCCUAUCUCGUGCGCGGAGCCACCAGGAUCUACGGAGCCUCCGCCGGCGCGCUCACCGCUUCCGUGCUCGCUACCGAGGCUUGUUUAGAGAAAUGUUGUGAAGAUGUCAUUGAUGUUGCCAAGGAGGCAAGAAAACGCAACCUGGGCCCCUUGCACCCGACGUUCAACCUAGUGAAGGUGUUACGUGGAGGACUCCACCGGAACCUGCCGUCUGACGCACACACGCUGGCCUCGGGUCGACUGUGCGUGUCACUCACGCAGGUCACGGACGGACAGAAUGUGCUGGUCUCGGACUUCAGCUCCAAAGAUGAGCUCACCCAGGCUCUCGUUUGUAGCUGUUUUAUUCCAAUAUACUGCGGUUUAAUCCCUCCUGCCUUCCGUGGCGUGCGUUAUGUCGACGGGGGUAUCAGUGACAAUCUGCCCCAAUCUGAUCUGAAGAACACCAUCACCAUUUCUCCCUUCUCGGGAGAGAGCGAUAUCUGUCCGAAAGACAGCUCCACCAGCUUCCACGAGCUGCGUUUUACAAACACCAGCAUCCAGGUCAACCUCGACAACAUGUACCGACUCAGCAAAGCCUUGUUCCCUCCAGAGCCAAAAGUGUUGGCUGAGAUGUGUCAGAGUGGGUAUAAAGACGCCCUCCGAUUCCUCCAGAAAAACAAUUUGCUACAGGUAGCGUGUCCCACUGCAGACAUGGCUCUGAUUGAGACCACAUCCAGCUACUGCUGCCCGGGCCGACAAAAUCCAGUCGUCAUGGAAACCACAAAAGAGUGGGUGCUGCGGAGACUCCGCCUCUUGCGAAAGCACCACUGGUGGUUGGACGAACAGCUUGUCGAUAACCUGCCCACACCCAUUAAGAAAGUGUUUUGCGAGGCCUGCAGGGAAAAGCACGGCCUGUUGGCACAGGUCACCGGCUCUCUGCCGCUGCGUGUGGCUUCAUACAUGUUAAUGCCAUACACGCUUCCGGUGCAGUCAGCUUACUCAGUAGCCCAGAGGUUUUUAGAGUGGAUCCCAGAGGUGCCUGCAGAUGUGCGCUGGUUUGCUGAGGUGGCAGGAGGUGUUUACAGACAAGCUUGGAAAGGUACAGCGUUAAAGACGAGCAGCGCCCCCUUGAGAAGAUGUGUCAGUGAACCACCAACAGUAGACUUUCAGAAACCUGUCAUAGACCAGAACGGACGUCUACCUUUUUCUGCCAGCAACCUCGAUGGUUACAGCUGGACUUUCCCAGAAGACCUCCGUCAACCUUCUUCUGUUUGCCCACCCGAAAGUCCUGAUACCUCAAGCCCCUCCCGCAUGCCACAGAGCUUUUUCGUUGGCUCACGGGACAAUCAUGAGUACCAAACGGACCAAUGAACGAGCUCCUCAGCUCAGUAAACUGUAUACAGAGCUGGAUAUUUGUCAAACAUCAUGACCUGGUCAUGUCACGCUGCACAUUUUGCAAGCAGACGAUAUGAGUUGUGGAAUCUAGAGCAUAUAUUGUAAAAUGACAUGCACUCCACAAAUUCUCCACUGAUAUUAUUAUAUAGUAAUGUAAAAUAAUUGAAUCAUAUAUUAUUAUCCAGAUGUGUUAUUUUCUCUAUUCAGAACCAAAGAUGUGUUUUUAUUUCUCUGUUAAAACUACUUUGAGAAAAGUAUGAGUGUAUGAGCACAUUUACUGUAUAUUAUGGUUUUAUAAAAUCAUUUCAAUCUGUGCCUUGUCUGCAGAAGUGAAUUACAGACUGGAAGAAGUUUACAUUACAAUUGGUGCUAAUACGUUUGUAAGACCUCUGUUCUUGCAAUAAUGUUGCAUGUGUCUUAUGUGUGUGUCACGCAUGUACAAAAAUGAUGAAGAAUGCGAGUCUCGCUUUCGAUUUGUGCACAGCAGUUUCUGUGGUUUAAGAGUCUGUUAUCUUCAAAACAAAGACAAAAGUCAUAGCCUGCUGAAAAAAGGACUCUGUUUUCUGUGUGAAAUACAAUAUGAAGGAAAUG